AUGAAGCACAACAGUGAAAAUAAUCCGUUCACGAAACACAGGUAUAUAAAGCAGGAUGUCAAAAUAAGUAAACUGCCCGAAAAAAGUUCGUCGGAGGUUCGGCCACGCGCCGCCGCCGAAGCCACGCGCCGUCGCCGGUCACUCGCCCCACCACAGGGUACGCCUCCUCCUGCUGGUCAUGGUUCCAUGGUCCAUUUCGCCGGAAAGUCAAUAGGUUGGCCGGAAAUCAAGUUUUUCAGAUUCCUUCCCCUUUUCCACCUCCUGGAAAUUAGCCUCAUAUCUGCCCAAAACCUGGCCCCCGUCUCCAAAUCCAUGCGCACAUAUGCCGUUACAUGGGUUCAUCCUGGAAGGAAAUUUACCACAAGAACAGAUAAACAUGGACAAACAAAUCCUACAUGGAACGAUAAAUUUGCUUUUCGUGUUGACGAUGUAUUCUUGCUUUCAGAUAAUGCAGCUGUAAAUGUGGAGAUAUACAAUGUUUCAUGGCUUCACGAUGUUCUUGUCGGUAUAGUACAUGUACCUGUAGGCGACCUCAUUAAUCCGUCGCCGUCCUCAUUAAGCAGUUCCAAAACCACGCGGUUUGUUGCUCUUCAGGUUCGUCGUCCAUCAGGUAGAGUUGGACGACCUCGUAACCCACAGGGCAUACUGAACAUGGGCGUUUCGCUUCUUGACAGCAGCAUGAAAAGUAUGCCAUUUAAUAGCAAAGUAAACUCUGGAGUCGAAGAUUCUCAUUCUCCUGAUGGAAUACGGAAAGAAAUGAACAAUCCGAAUGAUCUGCAACAGAAAAAUGGAGAUCACGAUGAAGAAGACAGUGAUAUAAACGAGAAAAUCCAAUUUUGGCGCUCUAUGGCUGAAGGUUCCGAGAAUAAAAAUGAGGAAUUUCCAAUAAAACCAAGCUCUGUAUGUAAUGGUUCACUUGUCAAUGAAUCAGCAUGCAAAAUUUCAAUGGUAAAUGGUUCAGAUUUAUGUUCAGAUAUUGGCCCUUCAGCGUCAGUUGUAGCUGCGGAAUUAGCCCAGCAAUAUGAACCACCCCAACAAGCGGCACCACCAUCAAAGCCCAAAAAGAAACCGUAUAAAACUACGGAAAUUCAAGAUACAGAAAGCUCGAUCUUAGAAGAAUUGACAUUUGAAGAAGCUGCUGCAAAAGGGUUUAAGUUUACUUCAAGUAGAGAGAGGUGGCGGAAUGAGGGAUCGAAAAGGUACGAGUAUAAGCCUCGAUCAGCUGUUUGUGGGGGACAUUCCAGGAGGAAGUCGGAUGGAGGGUUGUUUUCUUGCUUUGGAAAUGCUUAUGGGAUCGAGUUUACAAUUGUGUGUGGGGCUGGAAAUGACAGCAAUCGUAGCAGCAGCAGCAGCAAAAAACUCAAUACUACCAAGAGUAGAAAAAAGAGGUCUAAUAAGGCCAAUUCAGUUUAG